GGCAGCAGCAGGAGGAGCGGUCACAGCAUCCAGCAGCGGGGCGGCCGCGGAGCGCCGCACUCCUUCACUCCUUCACUCCCUUCCCUCCCUCCCCGCAGGCGGGCGGGCGCGGCCGGGCGGGGCGCGGGCGGAGCGCAGCGGGCCGAGGAGGCGGAGCGGGGCCGGCCAUGAGCACGCAGGCGCGGGGCCAGGGCGGGCGCAGAGCGGCCGAUCCCGACGGCGAGAUGCCGGCCACCGAGAAGGACCUGGCGGAGGACGCGCCGUGGAAGCGGAUCCAGCAGAACACCUUUACCCGCUGGUGCAACGAGCACCUGCGCUGCGUCAACAAGCGCAUCGGGAACCUGCAGCAUGACCUGAGCGACGGGCUGCGGCUGAUUGCGCUGCUGGAGGUGCUCAGCCAGAAGCGCAUGUACCGCAAGUACCACCAGCGGCCCACCUUCCGCCAGAUGCAGCUGGAGAACGUCUCGGUGGCCCUCGAGUUCCUGGAGCGGGAGAGCAUCAAGCUGGUCUCCAUCGAUAGUAAAGCCAUAGUUGAUGGAAACUUGAAGUUGAUCCUUGGCCUGAUAUGGACCCUUAUCCUGCACUAUUCCAUUUCUAUGCCAGUGUGGGAGGAUGAAGGUGAUGAUGAUGCAAAGAAGCAGACUCCUAAGCAGAGGCUGCUGGGCUGGAUCCAGAACAAAAUUCCUUUGCCAAUCCACAACUUCAAUCAGAACUGGCAGGAUGGCAAAGCACUGGGUGCUCUUGUUGACAGCUGUGCUCCGGGCUUGUGCCCUGACUGGGAGACCUGGGACCCGAAGAAACCCGUUGACAAUGCUCGGGAAGCCAUGCAACAAGCAGAUGACUGGCUGGGUGUGCCACAGGUUAUUACCCCUGAAGAAAUUAUCCACCCUGAUGUGGAUGAGCACUCUGUGAUGACUUACCUGUCCCAGUUCCCCAAAGCCAAGCUGAAACCAGGAGCUCCUUUAAAACCCAAACUGAAUCCAAAGAAAGCAAGGGCUUAUGGCAGAGGGAUUGAGCCUCAUGGGAACAUGGUGAAACAGCCUGCCAUCUUCACAGUGGACACCAUCAGUGCUGGGCAGGGUGACCUGAUGGUUUUCAUAGAAGAUCCAGAAGGAAACAGAGAGGAGGCGAAGAUAACACCGUCCAGUGACAAGAACAAGACCUAUUCAGUCCAGUAUGUUCCAAGGGUUACUGGGCCUCACAAGGUGGGUUGUUCCUGUUGCCGGCAGCACAUCUCGAAGAGCCCGUUUGAAGUGAAUGUUGACAAAGCCCAGGGAGAUGCAAGCAUGACAGCAAAGGGACCAGGACUGGAGGCAACAGGGAACAUUGCCAACAAGCCUACCUUUGACCUCUACACAGCAGGUGCUGGUGUGGGUGAUGUGAAUGUGGAAGUGGAGGAUCCUCAAGGGAGAAGCCUUGCUGAGGUUGUAGUAGAAGACAAAGGCAACCAAGUCUACCGUUGCACCUACAAACCUGUUCAAGCUGGUCCUCACAUUGUCAAAGUGACUUUUGCCGGGGAGGCAAUUCCCAAAACUCCUUGCACUGUUCUUGUUGGAGAGGCCUGCAAUCCAACGCAUGCCGGCCACGGUCGAGGUCUGCAGCCCAAGGGCGUCCGCAUGAGGGAAAACGGCGACUUCAAGGUUGAUCGAGAGCAGCGGGGAGCGGAGACCCUCGGAGUGACUAUAAAGGGACCAAAGGGCUUGGAGGAGUUGGUGAAACAAAAAGGCUUUAUGGAUGGUGUAUAUGCAUUUGAAUAUUAUCCAGCUACCCCAGGGAAGUAUGUUGUCACGAUUACAUGGGGUGGGCACAACAUCCCAAAAAGCCCCUUUGAAGUUCAAGUGGGUCAUGAAGCCGGUCCUCAGAAAGUGCGAGCCUGGGGGCCAGGGCUUCAUGAGGGAAUUGUGGGCAAAUCGGCUGACUUCGUGGUCGAGUCCAUUGGCACAGAAGUUGGCUCUCUUGGCUUUGCAAUAGAAGGCCCUUCUCAGGCUAAAAUUGAGUGUGAUGACAAGAAUGAUGGCUCAUGUGAUGUGAAGUAUUGGCCCAAAGAGCCCGGUGAAUAUGCUGUGCACAUCAUGUGUGAUGAUGAGGACAUAAAAGACAGCCCUUACAUGGCCUUCAUCCGACCGGCUUCAGGAGACUUCAACUCGGAUAAGGUGAAGGCCUAUGGCCCAGGCCUGGAGAGGACUGGCUGUAUAGUGAACAAUCCUGCUGAGUUCACAGUUGAAACCAAGGACGCUGGGAAAGCACCUCUGAAGAUGUAUGCCCAGGAUGGAGAAGGAAACCCUAUCGAUAUCCAGAUAAAGAGCAAGCCUGAUGGUGUGUUUGCCUGCUCAUAUGUGCCAGUUAAACCAAUCAAACAUACAAUUUCUGUUGUCUGGGGAGGAGCCAAUGUGCCCAACAGCCCAUUUAGGGUCCUUAUAGGUCAAGGGAGUCAUCCUCAGAAAGUGAAAGUGUUCGGACCUGGUGUGGAGAGAACUGGCCUGAAAGCAAAUGAGCCAACUCAUUUCACUGUGGACUGCACGGAUGCAGGAGAAGGUGAUGUCAGUGUUGGAAUUAAGUGUGAUGCUCGUGUGGUCAGUGAUGAGGAAGAGGACAUAGAUUUCGACAUCAUCCACAAUGCUAAUGAUACGUUCACAGUGAAAUAUGCCCCACCUGCUGCAGGGCGCUACACCAUUAAAGUACUUUUUGCAGGAGAGGAAAUUCCUGCCAGCCCAUUUAGAGUUAAAGUGGACCCCUCGCAUGAUGCCAGCAAAGUGAAAGCUGAAGGACCUGGGCUGAACAAAACUGGUGUGGAAAAUGGCAAGCCAACUCACUUCACUGUGUUCACCAAGGGAGCUGGAAAAGCACCACUGGAUGUGCAGUUCAGCAGCCCAGUGGGAGAGGCGGUGGUGGAUCUGGAUGUCAUUGACAACUAUGACUAUUCCCACACUGUUAGGUACACUCCCAUACAGCAGGGUCCAAUGAAGGUUUCGGUAACUUACGGCGGUGAUCCCAUCCCUAAAAGCCCUUUCACUGUGGGCGUUGCUGCUCCGCUAGACCUAAGCAAAGUUAAAGUCAAUGGACUCGAAAACAGAGUGGAAGUAGGGAAGGAUCAGGAAUUUGUAAUUGAUACCAAAGGAGCUGGUGGGCAAGGUAAACUGGAUGUUAAUAUUUCCAGUCCUAUGAGAAAAGCUGUGCCAUGUCUGGUGGAACCGGUUCUGGGUAAGGAGUGCAGCACUGCAAAAUACAUCCCACGGGAAGAAGGACUGUAUGUGGUGGAUGUGAGUUAUGAUGGCAACCCAAUCCCAGGGAGCCCCUAUACUGUGGAGGCCACACUACCUCCAGACCCCUCCAAGGUAAAAGCUCAUGGUCCAGGUCUUCGAGGGGGCCUCGUUGGAAAACCAGCCCAAUUUACAAUAGAUACCAAAGGGGCAGGAACUGGAGGUUUGGGUUUGACAGUAGAAGGCCCAUGUGAAGCUAAAAUCGAAUGCUCAGACAACGGUGAUGGAACCUGCUCUGUCUCCUACCUGCCCAUGAAGCCUGGAGAGUACUUUGUAAACAUCCUCUUCGAAGAAGUUCACAUUCCCGGCUCACCCUUUAAGGCAGACAUAGAAAUGCCGUUUGAUGUCUCUAAAGUCAUUGCCACAGGCCCAGGUCUGGAGCGUGGUAAAGUAGGUGAGGCAGGGCUGCUGAAUGUCGACUGCACGGAAGCAGGUCCCGGGGACCUGCGGGUGGACAUGGUGUCAGAUACUGGUUCUAAAGCCGAGGUCCAGAUCGAUGAUAACAAGGACGGGACCUACGUUGUUACGUACGUGCCGCUCUCAGCCGGCAUGUACACAAUCAAGAUGAGAUACGGAGGAGAGCAAGUGCCUAAAUUCCCAGCCCGGGUCAAAGUGGAGCCAGCUGUGGACACAAGCAGAGUUAAAGUGUUUGGGCCAGGAGUGGAAGGAAAAGAUGUCUUCCGAGAAGCUACAACUGAGUUCACUGUGGAUGCUCGACCUCUAACGAAGGCCGGUGGUGACCACAUCAGGACACAGAUCACGAGCCCGUCCGGCUCCCCCACAGACUGUCUCAUCCAAGACAAUGCUGAUGGAACAUAUUCAGUAGAGUACACGCCGUUCGAAAAGGGUCCGCACACAGUCAGCGUAACGUACGAUGAUGUACCUGUGCCAAACAGCCCCUUCAGAGUGAAUGUGACAGAGGGCUGCCAUCCAUCACGUGUGAAGGCACAAGGACCUGGACUCACAGAGGCUUUCACAAAUCAGCCAAACCCCUUUUCGGUUGUCACCAGAGGGGCAGGAAUUGGUGGCCUUGGAAUAACUGUUGAGGGACCUUCAGAAUCUAAAAUUAGCUGUAAAGAUAACAAAGAUGGGAGCUGCAGUGCCGAGUAUAUUCCUUAUGUUCCAGGAGAUUACGAUGUUAACAUCACGUAUGGGGGAGAGCAUAUUCCUGGCAGUCCUUUCAAGGUUCCUGUAAAGGAUGUUGUGGAUCCCAGCAAGGUGAAGAUAGCAGGACCAGGUCUGGGAACAGCUGUUCGAGCUAAAAUCCCACAGUCCUUCACUGUAGAUGCCAGCAAGGCAGGAGUAGCACCCCUCGAGGUGGUGGUGACAGGACCCAGAGGAGUUGUGGGGCCUGUUAAUGUGGUAGACAAUGGAGAUGGCACCCACAGUGUGUACACCCCUAUGCAGGAGGGACCCUACCUGAUCUCUGUCAAAUAUGCUGAUGAAGAUAUUCCUCGAAGUCCCUUCAAGGUGAAGGUGCUUCCUACAUAUGAUGCCAGUAAGGUGACAGCGAGUGGACCAGGUCUCAGUUCCUAUGGCAUUCUAGCCAGCCUGCCUGUGGAGUUCGCUGUGGAUGCUAAGGAUGCUGGGCAGGGACUUCUGGCUGUACAGAUCACUGACCAAGAGGGCAAACCCAAGAGAGUGGACAUUCAUGACAACAAGGAUGGCACUUACACAGUCACCUAUGUUCCCGACAAAACGGGCCGCUACACGAUUGGUGUUAAGUAUGGUGGAGAUGAUAUCCCAUCCUCUCCCUAUCGGAUCCGGGCAUCUCCAUCUGGGGAUGCCAGCAAGUGCUUGGCCACAGGUCCUGGAAUUGCACCCACUGUGAAGACUGGUGAGGAGGUUGGUUUCGUGGUAGACGCCAAAUCAGCAGGGAAGGGAAAAGUGACGUGCACCGUCCUCACGCCAGAUGGGACAGAAGCUGAAGCAGAUGUUGUUGAAAAUGAGGACGGGACUUACGAUAUCUUUUACACUGCCGCCAAACCAGGAACCUACGUGAUUUAUGUCCGCUUUGGUGGGGUGGACAUUCCCAACAGCCCUUUCACCGUCAUGGUUACAGAAGAAGCUUAUGUCCCUGUUGGAGACAUGAAUGGCAUGGGAUUCAGGCCCUUUGAUUUGGUUAUCCCAUUUGCUGUAAGGAAAGGAGAAAUAACAGGUGAAGUACACAUGCCCUCUGGAAAGACGGAUACGCCAGAUAUCGUGGAUAACAAAGACGGCACAGUUACAGUGAAAUACGCUCCUACUGAGGUCGGGCUGCAUGAAAUGCACAUAAAGUACAUGGGAAAGCACAUCCCAGAGAGCCCUCUGCAGUUCUAUGUGAAUUACCCCAACAGUGGCAGUGUGUCUGCAUAUGGGCCUGGCCUCAUUUACGGGGUUGCCAAUAAACCAGCAACUUUUACCAUUGUCACGGAAGAUGCAGGAGAAGGUGGGCUGGACUUGGCUAUUGAAGGACCUUCAAAAGCAGAGAUCAGCUGCAUUGAUAACAAAGAUGGGACGUGCACAGUCACGUACCUGCCUACUCUGCCUGGGAACUACAGCAUCCUGGUCAAGUACAAUGACAAACACAUUCCAGGCAGCCCAUUCACGGCUAAGAUCACAGAUGAUAACAGAAGACGGUCUCAGGUUAAGCUUGGUUCUGCUGCUGACUUUAUGUUGGACAUCAAUGAGACUGACCUCAGUCUCCUAACAGCCAGCAUUAAAGCCCCAUCUGGUCGUGAUGAGCCUUGUCUUCUGAAGAGGCUGCCCAAUAACCACAUUGGCAUCUCAUUCAUUCCACGGGAAGUAGGAGAACAUCUGGUUAGCAUCAAGAAAAAUGGGAGCCAUGUACCAAACAGCCCUGUAACAAUCAUGGUGGUCCAGUCUGAGAUCGGGGAUGCCAGACGGGCAAGAGUUUUUGGACGUGGCUUGGUAGAAGGACGAACCUUUGAAAUGUGUGACUUCAUUGUAGACACAAGAGAUGCAGGUUAUGGUGGGAUCUCACUGGCAGUUGAAGGACCCAGCAAGGUAGAGAUCCAAACUGAAGAUCUAGAAGAUGGAACUUGCAAAGUGUCCUAUUUUCCAACUGUACCUGGCGUGUACAUUGUGUCCACUAAAUUUGCAGAUGAACAUAUUCCAGGCAGCCCAUUCAGUGUGAAGAUAAGUGGUGAAGGAAGAGUUAAGGAGAGCAUCACACGAACAAGACGAGCUCCCUCUGUUGCAACAGUAGGAAGCGUAUGUGAUCUGAACCUAAAAAUCCCAGAAAUUGACUGUAGAGAUAUGGAAGCACAGGUAACUAGUCCCUCUGGGAGAAACUUCAAUGCCGAAAUUUCAGAGGUUGACAAAAACACCUACUGCGUCAGCUUUGUGCCACAAGAAAUGGGAGUCCACACUGUGGAUGUCAAAUACAGAGGGCAGCCAGUGCCAGGCAGCCCCUUCCAGUUCACUGUGGGGCCACUGGGCGAGGGAGGAGCCCAUAAAGUGAGAGCUGGAGGCCCGGGGCUCGAGCGUGGAGAGACAGGUGUUCCAGCUGAGUUCAGUAUAUGGACACGGGAAGCUGGAGCUGGAGGACUAUCUAUUGCUGUAGAAGGCCCAAGUAAAGCAGAAAUCACCUUUGAUGACCAUAAAGAUGGAUCAUGUGGUGCAUCAUACAUAGUUCAAGAGCCAGGCAACUAUGAGGUGUCCAUAAAGUUCAAUGAUGAGCACAUUCCUGAAAGCCCCUACCUGGUUCCUGUCAUCGCCCCCUCCGAUGAUGCUCGCAGGCUCACUGUCACUAGUCUUCAGGAGUCUGGAUUAAAAGUUAAUCAGCCGGCAUCCUUUGCUAUAAGGCUGAACGGGGCAAAGGGCAAGAUCGACGCUAAAGUCCACAGCCCCUCUGGAGCUGUCGAAGAGUGCCAUGUGUCUGAGCUGGAGCCAGAUAAGUACGCCGUUCGGUUCAUCCCCCACGAGAACGGCGUCCACUCCAUCGACGUGAAGUUCAACGGGAGCCACGUCGUGGGCAGCCCGUUCAAAGUGCGUGUGGGCGAGCCCGGGCAGGCGGGCAAUCCCACGCUGGUCACGGCCUACGGAUCCGGCCUGGAGAGCGGCACCACGGGACUGCAGUCGGAGUUUUUCAUUAACACGACCAAGGCUGGUCCAGGUACCCUCUCUGUUACAAUUGAAGGGCCAUCAAAGGUGAAAAUGGACUGCCAGGAAACUCCAGAAGGUUACAAAGUCAUGUACACACCCAUGGCUCCAGGAAACUAUUUAAUUGGAGUUAAAUAUGGUGGACCUAACCACAUAGUGGGCAGCCCCUUCAAGGCAAAGGUUACAGGACAGCGACUGGUUAGCCCAGGCAGUGCCAACGAAACUUCUUCCAUCCUGGUGGAGUCGGUGACGAGGUCAUCCACUGAAACUUGCUAUAGCGCCAUUCCCAAAUCCACCUCGGAUGCUAGCAAAGUGGUUUCCCGUGGAGCAGGACUCUCAAAGGCUUUUGUGGGUCAGAAAAGUUCUUUCUCUGUGGACUGCAGCAAAGCAGGUUCCAAUAUGCUGUUGGUCGGUGUCCACGGACCUACAAUACCGUGCGAAGAGGUGUCCAUCAAGCAUUUGGGCAGCCAUCAGUACAACGUCACUUACGUCGUCAAGGAGAGGGGUGACUAUGUCCUGGCAGUGAAAUGGGGUGACGAGCACAUCCCCGGGAGUCCCUUCCAUGUCACUGUUCCAUAAACAGCACCAGUCUCCCUCUGUGUUUGCAGUCCAGAUGCAGAGUUAUCCUGGGUGCAGUCCUGUUGCAAAAUGCAGUAUCUAGAUACACACGGCUCACAUUUCAAUACAGUCAGAUGUAAACUCUGUAACUAUUUUGUACAAGCAUUUCACUUCUAUCCUACUUACCAACCUGAUGUCAAUCUAUUUAAUAUCCUCCUCAAAUUGUACCUUUGCAGUACUGUCCGGGUCACUUUUAAUGUUCGGAGAAUCAUAUGGAUGACUAGACACUAAUUUCCCUUGCGGAUGUUAAAGACUUUGGAUGUUAAUUGAAAACUGGAAUUUGUCUUUGUAAUUGGGUAUCUUAACUACUGAUUUUAUUUGACUGGAGACUUUACAUUUUAGUUAUGGAAUAUGACUUGGGCUGUCCCCAGUUCAAAUUCUUUUCUGUAAAGAAAUGAGGUAAAACUGGUACUAUAAUAGGUGCCUUUCUAUACUUGAUCAAUUUUAACGCUUAACAUUAUAAAAAGCUACUAUAAGUGGCUUUACCACUCAAAUUUAAAAUGUUUCUGAAAAUGCUCUGCUAGUGGUUUACAUUUAGAAAAAGUUUAUCUUUUACAGAAAACCAAAAGCAGAUUGAAAUCGACUUCCUGGAAGCUUUCAGCCUUUCUAUAUUAAUGCUUUGUAACUCUAGACAGGUAGCUUUUUGUCCAUGAUGCUAGCAAUGCGGUUUUUAAUUAGCUUGGGAUUCUGGUGAUGUUUCUGUAACUUUACAGGUAACUCCCCACACUCUUUUUAUUUAAGAACAAGCCCCUGGAUUGGCUGGGUUAAGUAAAUCCCCUAAACUUGCCGAGCCAGGGAUAGUUCUCGCCUGUGUGACCCACAGCUGCUGCAGGACAGAGCACCACGGUGUGUUGGGAUGAUGACCAGCAGUUUCCCUGGAGGCCACGGGCCUGAGGAGUAGUUGAGAUGGUGCAAAGAAACCAGCCUGGGAAGGGGACCCACAGCUGCAGUGGGGUGUGGGGAGGGAGGGAGGGUGUGUGAACCUACCCGUAAUAGCAGUACAAAUAAUAGCAAUAGUACCAUGAACAGACCCAUCUUUGGUCCAAGGUGUUUUUUUGUGUCUCAGUCCAAGGACAUGCCUGAAGCACACGUGUCUUCUGAAAUCCCCUUUGUGCUGCAACAGGCAUUGCUGAGGAGGGUCAGGGAGUGGAAACUUCCUUAUAACUUGUCUGUUUGUCCCGGAUUGCUCCACGCUCCUUCCCAAGUGCAUAUCUGAAUUGCUGUCAGCUGCUGGGGCUUUAGUAGACUCUCCUAAUGAGCUUUAACUCUGCAACUAAGAGAAGGUAGGAUUUGUUGAAAUGUCACUGUCCCUUGGGAGAAGUUCAUGCUUAUGGUUCUGUAGUUACAUGUGGAUGCACUACUCUCCAGCACAGUCAUUGGGAAAAUAAAGGAACAUUGAGGGUUUUUUUACUGUGCUUUUUUUUGUGCCUUAAUGUGAAAUGCUCACUACAUUGUAAAGUAGGAAUUUAAAACAAAAUAAACUGGAAUAAAAAUACAGGAUUGUAAAAUUGUAUGUUAUAACUUAUUAAAUAGAAAUGUUUGCUUCAUUAAAAUGUGCAUGUUAAAAACAA